AUGGGCGACUCUAACAUAGGAAGCUUCAGCACGCCACUAAAGAAUGGGAUAAGUAGAUCUGUGGAGUUACGAGUGCCAAAUUCAGAAAGGCCAUAUCCCAAAGGCGUAGAUUCACCUGGUAAACCCGCCAAUGAUGAUCGAGCCUUGAGGAUACAAAAAAACAAUGAGAACGCCUCGCAGCUGCGCUCAUCACCCUGGAAGAGAGCAAAGCUUGACAAGUUCUCUUCGCGCUCGCAUCCCGUUUCCUCGCCUGCUGUGAUCGAAAUGUUGGAUCGAAAUGUUUCCGGGCCGCAUGGAUCACUGCGAGACAGUCAAGCAUUGGAAAUACAGGAUGAGAUAUCAGAAGCCAUCAGCAGCGCUGUCAGAGAAGUGUCUGGUAGUGACUCGUCAAAUCACGAUAAUCAGCAUCGCACCUCGCUAAUCAAUGACCUGCUAUCCCCAAGGCGGGAUGGCACGCCUGACCACAUUCCAGAUGCUGACCUCGCAAACUUAGGCAAGCUGACACCUCCCAAGAACUACAUGCAUAACACUGAGAGUAGCAUCAUCCAGAAUCUACAAAGCUGCUUUCGAGAUGAGCUCGGCAAGUUUGAGCAGUACCUAAAAGCCAAAAACGAACAGGCAGAUGAGUACCGCCGUCGUACUGUAGACUGCUUCGAGAAGAUCAAGCAAUUGGAAGAGGCACUCGAUGAGCAGAAACUUACUUACUCCUCUCUUUUGGGCGAGUAUGAAAUGCUCAGAGCCUCUCAAAGUGUCCGCGACGAUCAAUGGCAAACCCAAAACCGAGAAAUUGAAAAGCUCUCUACAGAAAAAACGAGCCUCGAAGAACGCGUUUCCCGGUUGAAGCUGCGGCUGUCUGAGGCGCGGAAUGAAAUGAAGAUGAUAAACCAAAAUUCGCAGAUACUUCAAGAAAAGUUCCAAACACAGAUUCAGCAAAAUGAGAGGCUUCAAAACCAAGUUUCAGAGCUUGAAGACAGUGAAAACCAACUUCGGGUGCAUAUUGAAAAUACUACUAAUUCUAAAAAGCGAGUUGAGGAGGAAAUCGAAAGGACAAGGGCUGAGCUUGCUCUAUUAACAGAAGGCAAAUUCAAGACGCAGUCGGAAAACGAAGAUUUAAAGCUUUCAGUCUCCAAGGCUCAGACUUUGCUGGCAGAAAAAACAAAGUUCAUUGAAGAGCUUCAGGCAAAUUUAAGAGCUUCUCAUGACACGAAGCAGAAAUCAACUAUAGAGCUUGAACAACGCAUAAACGACCUAACUCUCGAGAAAAAUGAAUUAGUAAGGGAACUGGAGGACAUGAGCACUUUAAGAUCAAAAAUUGAAGAAAGUGAAAACGAGAUCCAGUCAGUGAAAACUGAGCUUGACCGAACACAAGUUGCUCUUCAACAUCUUAAGGAGGAACAUUCAGAACUCCGCGAGCACUGCCGAUCUUUGGAAGCCGAACUCAAAACCUCUCAUCAAAAACUGGAAACAGCAAACGAUCAGCUGGCUAUAAAAUCGGCUGAGGUCGUGGAGCUUGGCCAUGAUGUUAAAGAGCUGCGACAAGGGAAAUCACACCUCGAAGAUUCUCUCAAGCUUCGUGACGCUUCAAUUUCGGAAUGGAAUUCUAAGUACGAAGAGAAGUGUGCCGAGAACAACAAGCUAUCUAUCGAAAUUGAAAGUUUCCAGUUCAAGAACGGUAAUUUAGAGACAGAGCACCUUGUUGAGCUAGAACAGCUUCAUCAGCAAAUGACCUCGCUUCAAGAAACUCUAAAAUCGAACUCUGAGCGUAUAAAGGAGCUAACUGAAGAGAACUCAUCUCUCAAAGACCAAUUAGAGGUUCGAGAGCUUCCUCAACCGCAGCAGGGACCUCUUGUUGACCCUGAGCAAGUUGAAGAGUUACAUGCUAAAAUCCAAAGCUUAGAGCAACAACUUCGGGAGAAGGAGGCGGAAGCGGGUAAAAGGCUUCAAUUGCUAGCGGAAGAUCUCUACAUCCAGUACUCCUCGAAGCACGAACAGAAGGUCAAAAUGCUUAAAAAAGGCUACGAAUCAAAGUAUCAAGACAAACUCGAAAGGCUAGGGCUCGAAAACUCAGGCUUGAAAGACGAGUUAAUGCAACUCAAUGAUACACUCAAGGCUGAAAGAGAAGAAAAGCAUAACUUAGUGAAGCUGUUAAAUAAGUAG